CAACUUUUUUUGGCCAAGAACUUGCCUUUUUGAUCUUUACAGCUUGCUCUACAGAAGGGCUUUAAUUUCAAAUGCCAAAUUGACCAUUCUCACCAUUCCAUUCAACUCGAUUCUUUUCCAAUACUCUGCAUUGCAAAUAUUAUUUUAGUUGUUGGUGUCUUUCAGCAUGGAAGAUGUGGAACUUGUUCCAGAAAAAGAGAAAAUUGAAGAUGGAAAAGAGGGAUGCCCUUCAUUUCAUUGUGACCUUUAUGAUGCAGAAAUUGUUCACAAAAUAGCUCAAGUGCUCCUGCCUGGAUUAGCAGCAGCUUGUGUUGACAACACAACAGGUGGUAUAUUCAGGUCCCCUGCUUCAGUGGCUGUUGACUUGAGAAAAGAAAUGAUAGACUAUCUCACUCAGCGAAGUGAAAGUUUUGUUGCUGAAUCUAUUAUCUUGGAAGAUGGUCCAAAUACAGAGGUAUCUGACCACCCUUAUGAUAUUAUUGCUGAUUUUGUUGACGAUUUUGCAAGUUCAAAGAGGAAUUUCUUUAGUCGGGUUUCAGGGUGGCUAUUGAGUGAAAAGAGAGAAGACAAUGUAGAUGAUUUUGCACAAGAGAUGGAAAUAAAUGGGUUUUGGUUGAUGGAUAGGAGAGAAUUAGUUGCCCAGACUCUGGUUAAGAAUGUAGACUUCAAGAACACAUUUCACUGUGACAAGAAAUUCAACACUGCCGAAGAGCUAGCCAGGCAUGUUGUCAACUGCAACUUCAGGUCUAUGAACUGCAGAAAUGAGGGAUGUAACGCAAUCUUUUGUGCAAGCCAUUUGGAGAACCAUGAUUCCAUUUGUCCUUUUAAGAUAAUCCCAUGUGAACAGAAGUGCUCAGAUAACAUCAUGAGACGUGAAAUGGACAGGCAUUGUAUAACUGUCUGUCCAAUGAAGCUUGUGAACUGUCCUUUCUAUGCUGUGGGCUGUCAAUCCACUAUAGCACGGCAUAUGAUUCAGAAGCAUUGUUCGGAUGACCUCCAGUUACACUUGGUAUGUGCACUUAAAAAUAUCCACAAGGGAGCAUCUGAGGAGGAUUUGAAACAACGGGUGGAUCAAAUAGUGCAGUCAUCUUCUGGUCAGCUAGAUGCAACUAGAGACGCGAGAUCUCUAACCCUUAGAGUCAGGGAUCUUGAUUCAAAGCUCGGGCCACUAGAAGCUAAUACAGCCAAUAAGUCUAGUGAAGAAGGCACUGAGGAUCCCAACCACAUUACUUAUAAACCCAUUGAGGCUGAGGCUGAUGCUGACGCUGGAAACAAAGACAUUGAAGAAUCAUAUGAGGAUGGAAAUGUCGGUGAUGGAAAACCCACCAACACAACAAACAAGGUUGGUAAAGAGUCCACAGAGACUUCAAAUUUAACAUCUCAUGCUUCAGAGGAAGCACAAACCCAAGUCUUAAUAUAAAUCACUUGUUCUUAGCAGAAAGUGCCAGAGAUCUCAUUUAGCAUGAAACUCGAAUACGCAACUUCGUGAGUGCUCAAACACCAGUUCCGCUGCAAAAGUUUUGUUGACAAGAACUUUGAUUUUCUUCUUUUCCUUUAUACCCUUAUCAUAUUAGAUUCUUUUCUGACCCAUCUUGUCAUAUUAGAUUCUUUCAGGCUACGCACAGUCAUUCGCUUUAGGCAUGUUUCUCUUUACAAUUUUUUAGUUUCAGUUUGUAUCAAGAAAAAUCCAUCGCGGAUAUGGAGUGGCAUCAUAGCUUGACAUAAAUUUAAUAUUUUUAUGAAUUUCAAAAAUUUAUAAUAGUAUGAUGUCGCAUCAUAUUUUAGUAGGA